AUGGUGACGAUCUGUACCUACAAUUCACGUAUACUUGCAUCCGAGUCCUCGAUAGAAGACCUGAUAAUGGAAGCGAGAGAGAAAAUAUAUGACGCCAUCGGCCUGGCCAAGACGAGACGACAAAACCCAUUCAAAGCCGUCUAUGACACCGGAGAAGAACUGUUCCUCCUUGGAACAUACGACAGUAGAGGAGUCGGCGGCGUCGGCGUUCUCAUCAACACGAGUUUGUCCAUGAACAUUCCUGUCCAUUCAUUCGAACAAAUUACAACCCAUACUGGACGUUUACGAUUGGAGAAAUGUGGAUCAAUAACUGCUUUGACAAUCUUCGUCGCUUACGCGCUGACAUCAAACUAUGACGAAGAAGAAGUCGAAGCGUUCUAA